AUGGAUUUGGGCAGCUACCUGGGAGACUAUGAAGAUGACAUCUUCCGAGGGUCUUCCCCCCUGGGGUGGGAAGAUUCUGAAAUUUUUCUGGGUAGCCAGAGCGGGACAGAUCUGAGCCAAGGAGACUUGCAAGAUGACACAACCGAGUCUAUCACGGAUGAAAGCGGGCCGCUGCUUCGAUGCCUCAAGAAAAUCUACCGGAAGGGAAAGAAAGAAAAGACGAGGCGACGAAAAACCAUGACUUCAGUCCCUGAUCUCUCUGCUAUGGCAACCAUCUGGGAAGAAAGCGAGAACCCUGGUUCUGCUCAGGAGCCUGAGCUCCUGUUGAACUCCUGGAGGAGCACCAUAGAUUACUUCAACAGUAAAAAAGAGGAAGAUGUCAUGAAGAAAAGUUUUUUCAGGUUCUUAUCCAUCCUCAGCAAGACAAUCAACUGGAGCAACAUGACUGAUUUCUUUAUGGAUAACUUUACCUCCGAUGUUGUGGGAGUCUUAACAGAGAUGAUUAAGAGAGACUUUCCAGAAUCCAGCGUCGUCUGUCUUCAUGCUAUGGCCACCGUUAUUGACUUGAGCAAGGCGAAUGUCACAAAAACGAUGGGGUCCUACAAGAAGGGGAUAUUGCUCCGCACCUUUUUCAAGAGCGUCUUUGCCCUGUCACCCCUGAAGGCGGGACAAGAGGAAGGAACAGCCAAUUCUGCCAAUGCCCAGUACGCAAAGGUAGUUUUGUCUUCCUCUCUGGCUUAG